AUGACAACCAAUACUGAAUCUAUGGUGAAUCCAACGGACACUCCAAUUGAUUCAACAACAAGAGAGACAGUCACUGUUGAAGAAAAUCGGACGCUGAGAAAUAUUAUGGCACAAUUGUGGCAAGCCUGGGCCAAUGGACAAGAACCACCAACGUCUAUUCCUGGUUUUCCUGAGAUCACUAGUAUUCGAUCUUCAUCUUCUCAGGUCCCAAUAUCAGAACCGUUCUUCCCUCCAGGGUAUGGUCCAUUUGAUAAUUGUGGGGCCGGGCCAUCAACAACACAUCCUCAAGGCAUGCCAUUUAGGAAUACUCCCAUUGUCACAACAGUUGCACCGGUCUAUACACUCCCACAACCGACUGUGACGCAAAGAGCAGCUCAAGACGGACAAUUCACCACUCAUCCAGAGCAGUACUAUACUCCUGGGAUAGCAUUUGGGGGCCCUAACUCUGUUCAAUUUGGUUCCGCUAUUGAUGUUGAGAGGCCCACUCCAGGCUCAGAGCAAGAAGAAAUGUUGAAAAAAAUGAAAAGCAUCGAGCAACACAUGAAGAGCAUGCAAGGGUUAGGAGGGCACAAAAGUGUCGCAUUCAAAGACUUGUGUAUGUUCCCAAAUGUCCACCUGCCACCUGGGUUCAAAACCCCUAAGUUUGAUAAGUAUGAUGGACACGGUGAUCCCAUAGCCCACCUUAAGAGAUACUGUAAUCAACUUCGGGGUGCAGGGGGUAAAGAAGAAUUGCUCAUGGCUUAUUUUGGUGAAAGCCUGACUGGUGUUGCCUCAGAAUGGUUUAUAGAUCAAGAGAUUUCCCACUGGCACAUAUGGGAUGAUAUGGCUCAAGAUUUUGUUAGACAAUUUCAGUACAAUGUCGACAUUAUGCCAGAUCGUAAUACACUCUCCAAUACAAGAAAAAAACCAAGUGAAAGCUUCAGAGAAUAUGCUAUCAAAUGGAGGGAACAAGCAGCCCGAGUCAAGCCCCCAUUAAAUGAGCAAGAAUUGGUUGAUAUCUUUAUAGAGGCUCAAGAUCCUGACUACUUCCACCACCUCACAGCCGCAAUGGGAAGACCGUUUCACACAGCAAUCAAAAUUGGGGAAAUGGUCGAAAGUGGUCUCAAAACAGGAAGGAUCGUGAGCCAGGCAGCAAUCAAAGCUACCACACAGGCCAUUCAAGGUGGUUCAACAAGUUUUGGAAAUCGUAAAAGGAAAGAGGAAGUUAUUUCACUGGCAUCAGGGUCAAGAGGAGCUCAGAGAAAGUCUAAUUGUCCUUACACAUCAGUUCAGGGACAACUUAGCUAUCCUCAGCAUUACUACCCUUAUGCUCCUCAAUAUCCAGUAUCUCCAUCUCCGUACCCGGUCUUAAAUGCUCAGUCAUAUGUGCAUCCUCCCAAUCGCCCACAUUUUCGGGCCCCAUCUCAAGGAAACUUUCGCCCACAACGGCCACCCUAUCAAGUCCCUUACAACUCUCCUCUUAUGCGGAAUUAUGCUCAAGAUCAAGCACAGAAAAAGAAAUUCACUCCAUUGGGGGAGUCGUACUCCAGCUUGUUUCAGAAGUUAAGAAAGAUAGGAGCGAUUGAGUGCAUCCCACCACAUCGUCUGAAUCCAAAUGCUCCAGGUUUCCAAGCCAAUGAAAGAUGUGAAUACCAUUCAGGAGCCCCAGGACACAGCACUGAUAAUUGUUGGACCUUGAAGGGAGCAAUAGAGAAGCUGAUCGAGCAUGGAGUUGUUGUUGUGACAGAUGAUCAAAACACUCCCAAUGUGACCAAUAACCCACUUCCAGCUGAAAACAACUUAGUGGGUAUGGUUUGUGAUGAUCAAGAGUACAGACUCCUCAGCAAAAUGGGAAAGUUGUUUAGGAAGAUUGGAGAAGAAGACAAGUCAAUGAAGAGUUUAAAACCAGUUGCCUCUUUAAGUGCGGAAGGUGUCAAUCUUGACACCAAAGUCUUGUGCGUCCCGGGGGUUUCAAAGGGGAUUGAAGUUCGAGCAGCUAUGCCAAAGUUGUAUGUAUCAAAAGGCUUUUCAUUAACACAACAUGACCAAAGUGGCUUGACCAAGAUGAAAGAGCCUAUUUUUGUUAAGCCUGUUCAACAGCUUCCAGUAAUUGAUUCAAAGGCUGUCCCUUGGAACUAUAACAAAACUGCAGUGGUUUAUCAAGGAAAGGAGAUUGUCGAAGAAGUUGAUGAAGCGGGAGGUUUGACACGCUCUGGAAGAUGUUAUUCUCCAGAAGAAUUAAGAAAAGGCAAGAUGACUGAAAAUAUCCAAGUACCACUAAAGAAAGCAGUUACUGAAGAAGAAAAUGCAGAAUUUCUAAAAAAGCUUAAGGUUCCAGAUUACUCUGUCGUGGAACAAUUGAAGAAGACGCCUGCACAGAUUUCACUGUUGUCUCUACUUUUGCACUCAGAAGAACAUCGUCUUGUGUUGAAUAAGGUUUUGAAUGAAGCACAUGUGCCAAAAGAGACCACAGUAAAUCAGUUGGAGAAUAUGACCAGGCGCGUCUUCGAGUCAAACGCCAUCACUUUCACUAAUGAUGAGUUGCCCAAGGAGGGAGCUGGACACAACAAAGCUUUGCAUCUUACAGUGACAUGUGAAGGUUACUAUGUAAAGAGGGUCAUGAUAGAUGGAGGGUCAGGGGUAGACAUAUGUCCUCUUUCUACGCUGCAAAGCUUGAAAGUUAACACUGACAGAAUUCGCCCCAGUAAUGUAUUUGUGCGAGCUUAUGACGGCUCAAGGAGGGAUACCAUUGGUGAAAUCAAGUUAAACAUGACAAUUGGGCCAGUAGUCUUUACGAUUGUGUUCCAAGUAAUGGAUAUGGAAACAUCUUAUAAUUUUCUACUAGGAAGGCCAUGGAUCCACAUGGCUCGAGCCGUCCCAUCAACACUACAUCAAGUUGUCAAGUUUGAAUACAACAAUCAGGAAAUCACUGUUCAUGGGGAAGAUGAUUCACCUAUUUACAGAGAUCCAUCCGUCCCAUACAUUGAGGCAAAGGAAGGAUGUGAUUCUGUUGUUUACCAGUCUUUUGAGGUUGUAUCAGUGGAUCGCUUUAAAGAAAGAGAACCUAUCAUCCAAUCAUGUAUCUCUUCUUCCGCUUCAAUGGUAGCAACGACGAUGCUCAAAUAUGGUUAUCAACCCGGUAAAGGUUUGGGAGUAUGUUCGCAAGGAAUCGUGGAUCCCAUUACUCUUUUAGGAAACCAAGGCACCUCUGGCCUCGGAUACAAACAAAGCAAGAGAAAUGGAGAUAAAGCUAAGAACCACAAAAGGAUUGAUUGGUCGUUGCCACAACCGAUUCCCCAUAUUUCUCAUUCUUUUAUCAAACCGCAGGGUUCAGAAUUGAAAGAUUCAUUCACUCUUGAAGACAUUGAAGAAAUCAUUGAGGAUCUCAGUCAGUUGUUUUGUGAAGUAAAUAUGGUCCAAGUUGGUGAAGGCACAAGUCAUGCCAAUAUGCAGCUCGUGGGCUCAGGUGUUGAGUUAAACAAUUGGGAAGCCACUCCUUUCCCCAUAAGGAAGGAGUCGUGUUCUGUAAAUGACGGCUUUGAUAACAUGACAUGCAUGCGGAAUUCACUCCCUGAUUUCAAAGAGUUGUUUAUUCUUGAAUCACCAAGUCAAGAGGUGGAAUAUGAUGAAGAAGAGGCUUUUAGGGAAAUUAAUAGGGAACUGGAACAGUUUGAGCACAAACCGAAGCCUAAUCUUAGUGAAACUGAGACAAUCAAUUUGGGAAGUUCCGAGGAUGUUAAGGAAAUAAAAAUAAGUUUACAUAUCAAUCAGGAAAUUAGAGAGGCAAUAAUACAACUUUUGUUUGAAUACAAAGAUGUAUUUGCUUGGUCUUAUGAUGACAUGCCAGGUUUGAGUGUUGAUUUAGUGGUUCAUAAGUUGCCCGUUUAUCCUGAUUGUCCACCCGUCCAACAGAAAAGAAGGAAAUUCAAACCGGACGUGAGUGAAAAAAUCAAGGAAGAAAUAAUGAAACAAUUGAAUGCAAAGGUGAUCCAAGUUAUUCGUUACACUACUUGGUUGGCAAAUAUUGUUCCUGUGCCGAAAAAGGAUGGAAAGACAAGAGUUUGUGUUGACUAUCGGGAUUUGAACAAGGCUAGUCCAAAAGACAACUUUCCAUUGCCAAAUAUCCACAUCCUAGUUGAUAAUUGUGCAAAACACGAAAUGCAAUCUUUUGUGGACUGUUAUGCGGGGUAUCAUCAAAUCUUGAUGGAUGAAGAGGAUGCUGAGAAAACUGCUUUCACCACUCCAUGGGGAACUUAUUGCUACAGGGUCAUGCCAUUUGGUCUUAAAAAUGCUGGGGCGACUUACAUGAGGGCUAUGACCACCAUGUUCCAUGAUAUGAUGCAUAAAGAAAUUGAAGUAUACGUCGACGACGUAAUCAUCAAGUCUAAAACACAAGUUGAUCAUGUGCAAGAUCUGAGAAAGUUCUUGGAAAGAGUACGAAGAUAUGACCUCAAGCUUAAUCCAGCAAAAUGUGCAUUCGGAGUUCCAUUUGGAAAACUUCUGGGUUUUAUUGUCAAUAGAAGGGGAAUCGAAUUGGAUCCCUCCAAAAUAAAAGCCAUUCGAGAUCUGCCAUCCCCGAAAAAUAAAACCGAAGUUAUGAGUCUACUUGGGAGGUUGAACUACAUCAGCAGGUUUAUUGCUCAACUUACAACCACAUGUGAGCCCAUUUUCAAACUUUUGAAGAAGGAUGCUGCUGUCAAGUGGACAGAAGAUUGUCAACGAGCUUUUGAAAAAAUCAAGGAGUAUUUGUCCAACCCUCCCGUGUUGGUACCGCCUGAACCUGACAGGCCUCUCUUUCUAUAUCUUUCAGUAACAGAUAAUUUCUUUGGGUGUAUUCUCGGUCAACAUGAUGCUACAGGAAGGAAGGAUCAAGCUAUCUACUACUUGAGCAAGAAAUUCACUAGUUAUGAGGUCAAGUACACCCUUUUGGAAAGGACGUGUUGCGCCCUAACUUGGGUAGCUCAAAAGUUAAGGCAUUACUUAUUGUCCUACACAACUUACCUCAUAUCAAGGAUGGAUCCUCUAAAGUACAUCUUUCAGAAGCCAAUGCCAACUGGCAGACUCGCGAAAUGGCAAAUUUUGCUCACUGAAUUUGACAUUAUAUAUGUCACUCGCACUGCAAUGAAAGCCCAAGCUUUGGCAGACCACUUGGCAGAGAACCCAGUCAAUGGGGAUUACGAACCAUUGGAUACAUAUUUUCCAGAUGAAGAGAUUAACUCAAUUGAGGAAGUAGGUUCAAAUGGAAAUCAAGCUUGGCAAUUGUACUUUGAUGGAGCAACCAACACCAAAGGCACAGGGAUUGGGGCAAUUUUAAUAUCGCCCACAGGGAAACAUUACCCUGCAACAGCUCGACUUCGCUUCUUUUGUACAAAUAACACCACUGAGUAUGAAGCUUGCAUCAUGGGUCUAAAUAUGGCAAUAGAUUUGGGUGUGCAAGAAUUAAUUAUGUUGGGAGAUUCUGAUUUGCUUAUCCGACAAGCUCAAGGCGAAUGGAAAACUCGAGACCUCAAGCUCCUUCCAUAUAGACAAUGUGUCGAAGAUCUUAGCAAAAGGUUCAGGUACAUUGAGUUUAGAUACAUUCCCAGGUUUCAUAAUGAUUUGGCCGAUGCCCUGGCUACUUUGGCCUCAAUGCUUCCCUAUCCUGGAAACACUUACAUCACCCCAUUAGAGAUUCAAGUUCGGGACCAACAUGGCUAUUGUAAUACAGUGGAAGCAGAACCUGAUGGUGAGCCAUGGUACUCAGACAUCAAGAAUUUUUUGAAGACAGGGAGAUGCCCCGAACAUGCCAACAAAAGCCAAAAAAGAACUAUUAGACGUCUGGCUAAUGGUUUCUUUUUGAGCGGGGAUGUUUUGUAUAAACGAACUCCGGAUUUGAAUUUAUUGAGAUGUUUGGAUGCUGAAGAAGCCGAGAAAAUUAUGAAUGAAGUGCACGCUGGGGUAUGUGGACCACACAUGAACGGAUAUGUCCUUGCCAAAAAGAUACUCCGGGUGGGACAAUGGCAUGAGAAACUGCCUUUUGCACUUUUAGGAUAUCGCACAACAGUGCGUACCUCGAUUGGUGCAACUCCUUAUUUGCUGGUGUAUGGAACUGAGGCUGUGAUUCCAGCAGAAGUUGAAAUUCCAUCUCUUCGAAUUAUUGUUGAGGCUGAAAUUGAAGAUACCGAAUGGGUCAAAACCCGACUAGAGCAACUCGCAUUAAUAGACGAGAAACGAUUGACGGCUGUCUGUUUUGGUCAGCUUUAUCAGCAAAGGAUGGCUCGUGCAUACAACAAAAAGGUGCACCCAAGACACUUUGAAGUUGGUCAACUGGUCUUAAAGCGCGUUCUCCCGCACCAAGAAGAAGCCAAGGGAAAGUUUGCCCAAAAUUGGCAAGGUCCAUAUCUUGUCAAGGAAGUAUUGUCCAAAGGAGCCCUGCACCUUACUGAUGUGGAAGGAAAAACCACGGGCAUAAUUGUUAAUGCAGAUUCAGUCAAAAGAUACUACAUCUAA